GCUGUAAGGGACAGCAAACAAGUGACGAAGGCUCCAGAAGGCGCGAAUAUUUUUCUCCGCGAAACUCUUCAGAUUGUUUUUAUAUUUAAUACUUGCUUGGGAAAUGUCGACGUUGGAAGCUAACAUUGUUGUGGGCAUUAAGCGUAUCAUUCGCUUGGACACUGCUGUUUCCACUUCACUAUUCAACGUUUAAGUUUGUGAUCCGAGGCAUUGUAAGGUAACGGAUAGUUACUACUGCCAUACAAACUGCUCAAGGAAGUACAGAAAUGUCAGCGCAACCUCAGCACCCGUGGUACUCGGAAGAAAAGCUUCAAUCGGUGUCGGAGAAGCUGCGAUGUAGAGAGACCCAGGCCGGCACGGUGCUUUCGCUCAUGGGAGAGCCGGAUCAGUUGUGCUACCCUUCCAUCUUUAUCUAUGGCCAUCGGGCCACAGGGAAAAGUCAUGUGAUGCACACUUUGAUGAAGGAACUUGAGCUACCCCAUGCCACAGUGAGCUGUGUGGAGUGUGUGACCGUGGGGCUGCUGUUUGAGCAGGUGCUGCACUCCCUGUUUGGUUCAGAAGCCUCUCCCCUACUCCCACGCACUCCCUCCUUGUCUGACUUUGUACGCAUCUACAGGCAGCUGUGUUCCCAGUCCCCUGCCAAACAGACACGAUACAUUGUACUGGAGCGAGCAGAGCUUCUUAGGAACAUGGAAGUGAACCUUCUCCCUGCUCUUCUGCGGCUCCAGGAACUGGUUGAAGACAACGUGACAGUAAUCCUGCUCAGUGAGAUAGUCUGGGACAAGUUCCGACCCAGCACAGGCUGCUUUGAGCCCCUCUUGAUCCACUUCACUGAUUACACUAAAGCGGAGCUGCAGCACAUCCUGGAUCAGGAGAGCCAUCCAUCCUAUUCCCCUGAGCUGUACUCUGCCUUCAUCAACAUCCUGCUGGGGGUCUUCUACUGUGUCUGCAGGGACCUGAGAGAACUCCGCCACCUGGCUGCCCUCAACUUCUCAAAGUACUGUGAACCUUUGGAGGAAGGCAACGUGAAGGAGAGCGAGACCCACAAGCUCUGGAGGAACAUCGAGCCUCACCUGAAGAAAGCCAUGCAGACUGUGUACCUCCGAGAAGUGUCCAGUGUUCAAUGGGAGCAGCAGCAACAGAUGGAGGAGAAGGAGGCUGGAGCCAUGAGAGGUCUGUCAGCUCAUGGUCAUGUAGAGCUGCCGUACUACUCUAAAUUCCUGCUGAUUGCUGCGUAUCUGGCCUCAUUCAACCCUGCCCGCACAGACAAGCGCUUCUUCCUGAAGCAUCAUGGUAAAAUUAAGAAAACCAACUUUUUGAAGAAGCAUGAAAAGACUAGUAACCACCUGCUGGGGCCCAAGCCCUUCCCCCUGGACAGACUGCUGGCUAUAUUCUACAGUGUGGUGGACAGCAGAGUGGCCCCCUCUGCCAGCAUCUUCUCCCAGAUCUCCUCCCUGGUUACUUUGCAGCUGUUGACUCUGGUGGGCCACGAUGACCAGCUAGACUCCCCAAAGUAUAAAUGUGGCGUGUCUCUGGACUUCAUCCGGGCCAUAUCCAGGACCGUGAACUUUGACAUUGUGAAGUACCUGUAUGACUUCCUGUAAGCUGUUAUAAAAUGAAGACAGAGAGAGGGGGAAGGAUGAAUUUAGCUAGGACACACUGAUGGAUAUCCAUUAACAUCGAGGUGGGCGAGGACUGGUUUAUGUUGACUCUUACUGCUGAAUCCGAUGUCGGUGGCAUUGUGUUGUACUGCCUCCUGGUGACUGAUUUAAAGCACUGUCAAUUUUAAUCUUUCCAUUUGCAAUUGACAACUAGUUGAGAUAGAGGACAAAUGUCCACACGCAUAUGCAGUUCAUAGCUCUUCAUCCAUACUGGUGUGAUGAUAAUACAAUGACUCGUUACCAUAGAGUGCACAAAACGGUUUGAUCCUCCGUGGUGGGGAUUGCACCAUGUUAUCUCACCAUAAUUCAUAAUGGAUUACGGGAGCUGUCUGGGUCAACUGGACGUCUGUCACAGUCUUGUUCAUCGGCCUGUGAAUCCCCUAACUGAUGACAGUGCUUUUGUCUUUGAAGAGCACUGGGGUCAUCAUGACGGAUACAGAUUAAUCACUGGUUCUCAUCCCUCUUAAACAUGGUUUUGUCCUCUCAGCGGGUAAACAUUGUAGUCUCCAGAAGUAUGAAAUUCAGAGGUAAGGGCCAUUUGGUGCAAAUGAGUCUCAACAUUCACUGUGACCUCUAGUAAUAAUAUUUUGGGGGGAGUUCGGUAUUGGACUUUCAUCCAUAUCAUUUUGUUACAGGUCUUUAAUUGUCUCUUGUCCAUUCCACAAUAAAUUCACAUCAAAUGCAUUUUGUUGUGUGACCUUUGUAGUCCUUCUUGAGGGAUUUGUGUGUUACCAUAGCUACAGUUCAUUGUGGUUGCCAUGGUAACUAACCGCUGCAGACUGGCUUGUGACUCAUCGCUUUGUGUCUACUCCCAGAGGUUGUGAAGUCUGUAACACAGUUGUCACUAGAUCAAUAUUGAGCCAGCUGCUUGACUUUGAAGUUGUCAAAGUUGUAUAGAAAGAAAACAAAUACAGACUGCCGCAUUUAAUCUUUUAUUGUAUAAAUGUAAGCAAAUGCAGUGUCUUUAUAAACACAAGCUGUAGUCCACCUACAGAAGGCACCGGUUGAGCGAGGCUACGGUACUGUAAAGGUCAUCCUGACUGCGGUGACCACAAAGCAUAGCAUCUCAAUAUAUACAAUACACGUUGUACAAUAGGUACCAGUUACUGCUAAAAUAUUAGUCUUUACAUAAUAUAUCAUUAUUUUCAGUUCUAUUUAUACAUAUCGACUUUUCAGUCGGCAGAUUCUAGAACUGAUAAUGCAGCUUGUUUAAUCUCUUUGAAAAUUGGGAUCUACAAUCUCGAGUUUGCUUUGUGGCUCAGUGUAUUCAAAGUUCUCAAGAACUGUCCCUCUCCAGCUAAACUAACCAUUUCGUCAUCAUAUCGUAGGGGAAAUUGAACUUUAACUUCCUGCUAUAGACCCCACGGACACUGAGCGUAACAGCUCAACAGAGGUUCCCACAACUUGGCUGGAAACCAGAGAGAAACAGGCUUUUCAUAUUUGAAAAAUGCAGUUGGUACAGGCAAAGAGUUUCCACCUUACCCUCUAUCCCCUGUAGCACCCUUGAUUAAGAUCUACUUGUGUAUCAAGGUCAGGUGACUGUCUGAAAUAUAAUGCUUUUCACCAUGCAGGACUUUGAGAGAUUUAGAUCAUGUGUGUGUUUGAGUCACACACGUGUGGUCUGACACUAUACAGAGAUGCAUUUAAAGCUGAGACCUGAUUCAUUUCCCCUUAUAAUAACAAAAUGGGUGAAAUCACAUGAAGGCCGAGACCUUUAGGGUAUGGGUGACCUCCAUGAGGGUAGGGAUGUAGCAGAGUAAGGGUGGAAAAGGGGGAGACCUCUAAACGCUGUGUCUCCGGCUAUGAAUCAUGGCCACUAUGUGGUUGAGGUCCAGAGUCUUCAUCACCACCUCCAUGAAGUCCUCAUCAGUGCGAGCCCCAGCCACAAA